ACCUCAGUUGCGUAAAAUAUCAAUUAAAAAUAGUACUCUGAACACAGGAGCCAGAAAGCAAUCGAGAAGCAGCCACGUCUUCGUGUGGUUCUGUAACGCCUACAUCGCCGCUCUUUUAGCUCUACAUUCAUCCCAUGGCUCGGUUGCUUCAACCCCACCUCCUUUCUCUCUCUAAAACUCAGGGGCCAUUCGAUUCAAUAUUUCGAACCCUCUUUUGGCCUCAUGGACGCAAUUCUCGAGUAACUGAGAUAGUACGAGGUCGUGUGGGAUUGUUACCGAAUGAAAACAAACUAUAUGGAUUUAGAACCUUUUGCACUAGUGAAGAUUUGACGACUAAAAAGUGUGUACCAUGCAACGCAAAAGAAAUGCGCCCCAUGGCCGAAGAAAGUGCACAUCAUCUAAUUCCUAAGGUAGAAGGUUGGAAUUUGGUGAAAGAAGAUGGUAUUUUAAAGCUAAAUCGGUCAUGGAAAGUGAAGAGCUUUACCAAAGGAAUGGACUUCUUUAAGUUUGUAGCCAAUGUUGCUGAAGCAGAAGGUCAUCAUCCAGAUCUUCAUCUCGUUGGAUGGAAUAAUGUCAAAAUUGAGAUAUGGACUCAUGCAGUUGGUGGACUGACAGAAAAUGACUUCAUACUUGCUGCUAAGAUCAACAAACUUGACCUGCACCAUCUGCUGAGGAAAAAGGUUUCAGCUUGAGUAGUUGAUAUGAGUUGCGCUAGCUUUCUCGACUUCUACGAAUAAAACCCCAUGUCAAAUAAUUUUUGUUCCAUCUUCAUACUUUGUUAACUAAGUACCAGUCGCAAGUAUCUUGUGUUUUCCCUUUCCAAUAAUGGAUCUCCCUGAGUAACAUGAUAAUUGUUGUAAAAGCUUUUCUCCUUUAGGCUUCAGGAUCUUGAUUGCUUUUCUCAUUAAGAUUUCUGCCUCUUUCUCUUAA